CGCCCUCAGCUCCUCCCGCCUCUCGCCUCCCGCCUCUCGCCUCCCGCCUCAGCUCCUCCCGCCUCAGCCCUUCCCGCCGGCUCCCGGAGGAAUUACCGAGAGAGAGGAGCCGCUGGAGCCCUCGGCAGGUGCCGGAGCCCCGCUCCCGGCAGGAGAGGAUGAGGUGAGGUCACGGUCGGUUUGACACCAGUGAAGGGACGGACAGCAGCAGGGCAGUGGCUGCCUUAGAGCUGCGGGAGAAAUCUACGGAAAGUUUCUUUCUCCUGGCCAAUACGCUCUAGUAAUGUGUAAAAAACACAAGUCAACUCCAUCAUCACAAAACACAAUCACCACUUAAUUGCAGUGAUGAUUCACCUACUCAUAAAGCUCUGAAUGGAGCGGGUCAGCUCCAGAUCUGCACAAGACACGUUGGGAACUUACUGCAGUCUGGAUGCAGAAACAUCUGCACUGUGUGAUACCAGUUAAAUGGCUGCUCACGUGUCCCUGCGAUUCCGCGCUGUGAUUUUUCUGUUUUCUUGUCCUGAGGACUCUUCUCAUCAUGACCUCUUUCGAGGCAGCUGAUACAGAGGAAACAGUGACGUGCCUCCACCUGACCUUUUACCACCCUGGCCAGGGGGAGAAGAUGAUGUUCCGCUGCCUGAAUUUCUGCAGCCGUGAGCAGGUCAGGGCAGACGACACGGCCAAGUUCGGCCGCGACUCCAGCGUCUGCCGCUACAGCCUGAUGGACACGCGCGUCUCCCGGAUCCAGUUCUCCCUGCAGUUCUACAGGAAGCUCCACACCUUGGAAUACGGCUUUGAGAUAAAGAACUUGAGCAAGAAAACAAAACUGACUGUCGACCAAACAGAACUGGGUUACUUAAACAAAAUCGACCUGCCCUGGAGGUGCAUCAUCUGCUUUGGGGACUACCAGAUCCUAGCAGAGGUUCAGGAGGGGGAGGCUGUGGAUUAUUUUGAGACUCACUUACACUUGGCUGAAGCUCCGAUCUUACAAGAAAAGUGCCUGCCAUGCCUGCCAUCCCUGCAGCCUGUACCCGAGAACGGCAUUUCUCCUUCCAUUUUUCUUUCCCAAGAGAAAAGCCCCACAGAGAUUGAUGAAAAUGACCUGUACUUGGAGGAUCAGAUUUUGUAGCCUGCACAGCUUCCAACAUAGAUGGCUCUCACCUCAGUCCAGUGUUCUUGGUGGUGCUCACUGACUGCUGCACAUCGGCCUUCUUUACUUGGUGUUUUCAGCACAGGCAUUCCAGAACACUGUUCCACAGAAAUGGAUUCCUGCCACUGCCCUCACUGAGGCCUAAGGGCUCUCUGAUGCCCACAAAGGCGAGGGAGACGGGCUCACUCAAAUCCACGGCAGCAGGUUCAAUCCCACAACCGUGGCCAUGUGCCUUGAAGGAAUAUUUACCAGGUAUUAAUACAGAGCAUGCACAGCAGGGUUUUCAUCCCAGACAAGGGGUGACAAAAUGUCUUGUUGCAUAUUAUACAUUGUGCUUUGCCUUGGACACCAAAUUCCAAACAGUAUUUUCUGGCUGAGGUUGUAACUUCACAGAUUUUGCAACUUAGAAACACUUAAUCUUUUAUGUUUUUAUUAGCUUCAAAGCAAGGUUUGUUUUUUUUUUUUACUUAUUCAAUUAACAUAUCUAUUUUUUGCAAGUUAACUACUUUUGCUUGUGAUGUAGACAAACAUAGCAUCAAUGAUCAUGGUCUAUAAAAAUCCACAUUAUUUUUUUAAUAAAAGCAUUUUGUUCAUUAGUAAAGAUUUGCUCUAUUAUACAGCUGUAAUCUAAAAGAAUUUUUGGAGAAUAAAAUUAUUUCCAGGUUCAUCCAGAUAGAGACUCUCACUGGCACUAUUCCAGGCUUUCCAAAAGUGCCAUUGCUCCAAGGUAAGAAUUUACAUAAAUAUUUUCAGGAAGUUUUCUACCUCUACUCCUCUACCCAAGUCUCUCUAAUAAUUUUCUUGUCUUUUAAUGAUUUCUCAGGUUGUUUCAGUCAAGUUUUUCUUUGUCAGGGGCUCAGCUUUCCAUUGGCAUUUGGCUUUUUUAUUUUCUCAAGAAUUUAGUUUGCUUGAAAGACACUGGGAAGGAGUUACCCAUUUUAUCAUCCCUAGAUAUUAGGAUGCAUUCCAGCAUUAAUCAUUCCAAGAAAACCAUAAUUAUAACUGAGAGGAGGAACAGCUGAGAUUCAGGCAACCAACCACAAGCGAGAGGAAGCCAUGGGAGAGGCAAUGAAACUCAAACACAGGCUUAGGUAGGAUUUGUCUAUUCAUCUCAUCCUUGACAAGAUUACUUUGUUGCCAUGUUUUCCACCCUUGGAACUAGGCUGUGGUUUCCAAACAACAAUCACGUGCACAGCUGUAUUUACCUGAGGUAAGAAGCAACCAUGUCAAAUACACAUUUCAAAAUGAAUUGUCUCCUACCACUACACUGAGCCGAUCAGCAGAAGUUAAUUUACACAAGGAAGGUUAUUUUACCUUUGAAGUGGGAGGGUACAGCUGCUCAUUUCCAACAGGAGAAGGGCUCCAUGCUCCAAAUUCCUCAGGUUUUCUGUUAUUGCAGCUCGUUUAGAGCUUCCCUUCCAAAGCAGCAGGUCCCCCAAAGGAGUGUGGGAUUCAGCAGGACUCUGACAUGGCUGCCACAAACCCAGCAACAGAUACAACACUGACAAAUGUAAGACUUGCUGAAAAUUUUAAUGACUUUUAAAUUUGUACAGAUAUGCAUUUUACAGUACCCUUGAAUUGUUUCACAUGAGCUGUUUAUAGAAUCUCUCAGUUUCUCAAAUAUCCACAAAUAUGGAUCAUCACUUCAAAGUCACUCAGCGUGGUGCACUGAGCACUGCAAAUGUUAUCAUUAACCAUGGCUACAGAACAUGCCCAUCACAGAAAAAAGCUGGAGUCAGCCUCCUUUUUCCUAAGUGCUUGUUCAUCCUAAGGGCAGGACUAUCAGCUAAUUGACUUCCUCAAGGCAUGGUCAGGAUAAGGUCACCUUCUGUUCACUGGCCAGGAAAAGCAGUGACCAGUGCAGGGGAGGUGACAGUUUCAGCAGGUAAAAAACAUGUUAUUUACAUGUUAAGGAAGUUGAAGUUGCCUUCCUUCCCAUAGGAAUAUAUUUUACAAAGAAAUAUCCAGGAGAAGUCACAUAGCAGUAGCUCAGGCCAAACCCAAAAUAUACAUUUGAUGUGUACACGUCUUUAAAGCUCAUUACAAGUAUUGCAAAUAUAAAUAAUGGCAUUAAAUAUUUUCAGUGACAUAGCUACAACUGAAAUGAAGAGAUGGAAUGUUACCAACAGGAUUUAUCUUUUCUCUCAGGUUAUUUGUAUAUAUUUAAUCCCAGUGUGCAGUGGUUUUGUUCCUUAUCCACGCUGUAAUGACCUCAACAUUCCAAAUAGCUUCAGAUGAUCUAAACCAGCAACACAACUUUCACCAACAAAUCUAGUUCUGAUGAUGACAGUGGAGGUUCAUUACUUAUCACAACAUGUUCCUUUUAUUCUAAAACAAAGUUAAACCCUGUCACCCUUUUUCCAUGGAAAAACAAGGCAGCUACACAAAAUAAUGGCAGAGUAGAAUGGCUUUACUUUGAAACUUUGGGGAAAGCUUGAGAUCUGCAAGUAUUUUGCAGGUUCUCUUCUGUUAAAAAGUAAGAUUUACAUGGAAUACCAGGGGAGACCACACAGCACAGGAGACCACAGGAGACCGGUGGUGCAGUCACUGAACACCUCCUUGGAUUUCAGCCCAUGUUAGCAGGAUUAACCAUCCACUUUAGAGGCACAGGAAAGGCAGAGCACUUUAACACACUGUUAAAACAUGAAUUUUUCUUCUUUCUUUUCAAAAUGCAGGUAUAGAAAUUCAGUCUUUAGGUUCUUGUUCUUCCCACCCCAGCAGCAGAGCCUUCAUCCGUCCCCCAGUUUGCUCACUGAAUGUUGCUUUGCCGUAAUUGUUCUGAUCCAACGGAAUUAUAAAUUUUCCACAGCAGAAGAAUUUUAAGGACCAUGUAGCAACAGAUGUUGGUCUGUUCAGAGGGGCUGGGAAAACAAGACUUUGGUCCUCCCAGUUCUCCACUGGUAAAAAUUCCCAUUUUAUUGACACAGAGAA